UAGAUUCGAAUGUUGCAACAGUGACUGUAACUAUUAAUGGUGUAAAUGAUGCAGCGACAAUUAUCAGUGCCGAUGACAAUGGCGCGGUAAUUGAAGAUUUUGCAGUUAGUGCUGGUAAUUUAAGUGACUUUGGUUUUAUUCACUUCGAUGAUAUCGAGUUAGGUAAUGAUCAUACCGUUAGUGUGGUGGCAGAUAGUGGCAACAUUUUAGGUGGUACGUUAACUGCGGUCAUUACUGAUUCUGCAAUAGCCGCGGGUGAUGGUACUGUUAAAUGGACUUAUACUUUAUCAAAUACUACGGCACAGCAAGCAGCUGCACAUACUUAUCCUGAGUCAUUCACUAUUUUAAUUGAUGACGGUCAUGGUGGUAUUACAAGUCAAAUCGUAACAGUUGGUGUACAUGGACGUAAUGAUGCUCCAAUUGCAGUAGAUGAUAACGAGAUAGCUGCUGAAGAUAGUAUUGUUCUUUCAAGUAAUGUGCUAACCAAUGAUUUAGAUGUAGAUUUGGGUACUGUUUUACAAGUAAACCAAAUCUACACGGGUAAUAUUGAGGGUGCAGGGACUUUAGGUAGCAUUGGAACGGCUUUGGUUGGUCUAUAUGGUAGCCUUACUCUUAAUAGUAAUGGUACUUACUCAUAUGUUUUAAAUAAUACAAAUCCUUUGGUGAAUAGUCUAGCGGUUGGCGAGACACUAACAGAGUCGUUUAAUUAUCGUGUUACAGAUGGUUUAAGUUCUGAUCGAGCUGUACUUAAUAUUACGAUUGAAGGUAGCAAUGAUGCACCUACGGUUGUUGCUGCACUGGCGACGACAGUUGCGGAAAAUGAUCCAGCUUCAACUGUAGAUUUAUUGAGUGGCGCAAGUGAUGUUGAUCAUGGUGAAACAGCAACUCUAAGUAUCAUUAACAUUACAUAUAGUCUUGAUGGCGGUGCAAGUGGUACAUCACUACCAGAUGGUGUUAGCUUAAGUGGUUAUGAUUUAACUAUUGACCCAACUCAUAUAGCCUUUGAUCAUUUAGCUAUUGGCGAACAAACAGUUAUCCAAGUUGGCUACGAUAUUCAGGAUAUACAUGGUGCUAUCGUGCAUCAAACUGCAAGCAUAACAGUUACAGGGACAAAUGACGCUCCUACUGUAAGUGCAGCUGAUGUGAAUGGGGUUGUGAUCGAAGAUUUCGCUAUUAGCGCUGGUAAUCUGAAUGACUUCGGCUUAAUUACCUUUGAUGAUGUUGAUCUUAGUGAUAGUCAUAGCGUUAGUAUUAGUCCUGAUAGUGGAAAUAGUUUAGGUGGAAUACUAACCGCAACAGUUGUUGAUCCAGCAACUGGGCUUGGUAAUGGUAGUAUUCAAUGGAACUACAGUGUAAACAAUAGUUUGACACAAGCAUUAGGUAUCGAUGAUGUCGUGUAUGAGACAUUUACAGUUACUGUUAGCGAUCAGCAUGGUGGUACAGUCGACCAAGUAAUCACAAUUGCGAUUACGGGUAAUAAUGAUGCUCCAACUAUUACAAGUGGUAGUAUUGUGAGUAUUGAUGAAGGUGCAGCUAGCGCGGGUGCAGUAGUUUAUACGACUGUAGCAACUGAUAUAGAUCAAAAUGAUGUUAUAACGAGCUAUAGUUUGAGUGGUAUUGAUGCAGCAGCAUUCUCUAUUGAUGCAAAUGGUGUCGUGACUUUAAAUACAGCAGCAGACUAUGAAACAAAAUCUAGUUAUAGCUUUGAUAUUACUGUUACGGAUAAUGCUGGUGGAAGCACGACACAAACGAUUACGUUGAAUGUAAAUGAUAUUGAUGGGACUUCUAUCGUUGGUACUCCUAGUCAAGAUACGUACACUCUUAAUUUAGAUACUGCCGCUCCAGGUGAAGAACUUCCUUAUAAAGUAGAUCUUAAAGAAAGCUUGGAUUACUUAAAUGUCAAUACAAGUGCUAGCCAAAUCCGUAUUACUUUGACAGGUAGCGAAGUAGGAAAUGGUUCUGCUCUUGAUAGCAACAGCACACCUUCUCAAGAUGGUGGAUUAGCAGUUCGAAUCCAAGCUGAAGAUGGUACGGAUGGAUUAACUGGAAAUGCAAGUCGUAGUGAUGAUGAAGGGAUUGUAAUUACAGCAUCUGUUGGAACGACAUUUGAUGUCCGUGAUCUGACUACAGGAACUGAAUAUGGUGAUCAAUUCACUGGUAUUGUUCUUGGUUCAUCAUCAGGCGAUAACCUAGACUUUUCAUCAUCGGGUGGUCAGCUAUAUAUAAAUGGCGGUCAGGGUAAUGACUCCAUUAUUGGUGGUUUAGGUGCGGAUACAUUGAUUGGUGGUGCAGGUACUGAUGAGCUAUAUGGUGGUUUGGGAGAUGAUACUCUUAUCAUUACAGCAGUUACCGAUUUAGAGGCUGGUGAGAGCUAUGAUGGUGGGGAUGGUACAGAUACUUUAGUUAUUGAUCCACACGCCAAUUUCAAUUUUGAUUUGCGUACGAUUAAUUUAAAUAGUGUUGAAGCUCUAACAUUGAAAGAACCGAUUGUUAAUGGUACUUCAACAAUUAUUGUAAACUCAUCUCAGUUGAAUGCUGGAAAUUUCACUACAGUGAAUGGUACUGAUCGUGCAGAUGUAGCUGAACGAUAUGAAAUUCACUUGGAUACCCAGAAUUUAAAUUUAUCAGCAACAACCUUCAAUAAUUUUAAUAAUCCGCUUGAUAGCAUUGUUAUUUACGGUAACAGCAGUGAUAACUCAAUUGUUGGUAGUAAUCUUAAUGAUUCAAUUAUCACUGGUGAAGGAAAUGAUACCUUAAAUGGUGGGGCUGGCGCAGAUACAUUAAUUGGUGGUUUAGGGAAUGAUACUUAUAUCAUUGAAAAUUCUGGUGAUGUUGUAACUGAACUACUUAAUGAAGGGGUUGACCGAGUAUUUUCAAAUAUUACUUAUACAUUAGGAAGUAAUCUCGAAAAUCUAAUUUUAUAUGGCACAUUAAACAUUAAUGGAACGGGUAAUGAGUUAGACAACUCGUUGCUUGGUAAUGCUGGAGCUAACAUUUUAGAUGGUGGUGCUGGUAAUGAUACCCUAGAUGGUGGCGCUGGUGCUGAUACCUUAAUUGGUGGUCUUGGCAGUGAUACUUAUAUUGUUGAUAAUAUUGGAGACGUAGUAUCUGAACAAGUAGGUCAAGGAUUAGAUCGAGUCUUUGCGAGCGUAAGUUAUGCUUUAAGCGCUAAUGUAGAAAACUUAAUCUUGUCAGGUACUGCUAAUAUUAACGGUACAGGUAAUGACUUAGCUAACUCAAUACUUGGUAAUGCAGGUAAUAAUAUUUUAUCUGGUGGUUUGGGCGAUGAUACGUUGGAUGGUGGUGCUGGUGUAGACACCUUACUUGGUGGUCUCGGAAAUGAUAACUACUAUGUUGAUAACACUAAUGAUGUAGUUAGCGAGUUUGCUGGAGAGGGCGUUGAUCGUGUUUACGCUACAGCUAGCUAUACUUUAAGUGCAAAUGUUGAAAGUCUGAUUCUAUUGGGUACAUCAAGCAUUAACGGAACAGGUAAUGAUUUAGCCAAUACUUUAGUUGGUAACUCAUUAAGUAAUAUUCUAGAUGGUGCUGCUGGUGAUGACAGUCUAGACGGUGGUGCAGGUAAUGAUACGCUAUAUGGUGGUCUAGGCAAUGACGCUCUAUUUGGCGGCUUAGGCAAUGACUUACUUUAUGGUGGUAUAGGUAAUGAUAGUCUAGACGGUGGUGCCGGGGUUGAUACUCUGGUUGGUGGUUUAGGCAAUGACACCUAUUAUGUAGAUAAUAUUAAUGAUGUUGUUACUGAACAAGUAAAUGAAGGUACUGACCGUGUCUUCGCAAGUGUUAAUCAUACUUUAGCUGCAAAUGUUGAAGAUCUUAUUCUCGCAGGAACAGCUAAUCUUAACGGCACAG